UUCUUGCUUCUUGAACCUGUACCACGACGUCCUCUCGCCUUGAAGUUUGAUCUUUCUCCAUCUUUCUUCCAUGGAGGAGCAACCAACUGACUAUAUUCGGUCGUUUUCUCGCAUUAAACGAGACUACGACGCACUGGUGACCAAGGACCGCCCACCCGGAUUUUCUUCGGUCGAAUGGGAGAUUGCCUGACAUGGCCCACCACGGGUUAACGUCGGAACAAUUUACCCCACAUUCAAGCUUUUUAACAAGUCCACUAGCUCUGCUUAGGAGUUCUUCCUGCCCCCACCUACUUGCUAGUACUAUCCAUCAUGCCUCCGUCUGACUUUGCAAACGCCAACAUUGAUGAGAUCGUAGCACAGCUGACCACCGAAGAAGCUAUUCAGUUAAUCGCGGGUGUAGGCUUCUGGCACACUUAUGCUGUUCCGAGGUUGGGUGUUCCUUCUAUCAAGGUUAGUGACGGACCCAACGGUGUACGAGGAAACAAUUUCUUCAUGGGGACACCAGCGAAAGCACUUCCUUCGUCGACAGCUUUGGGAGCUACGUUCGAUACUGAGUUGAUUAAAACUGUUGGGCUUAAGCUGCUUGCGAGUGAAGCAAAGUUGAGGGCCGCUUCUGUUCUGCUGGCGCCGACGUGUAAUAUACAGAGGAACCCUCGUGGUGGCCGAGCAUUCGAAAGUUUCUCGGAAGAUCCGCACCACAGCGGUAUGAUCGCCGCUUCGUACGUCAAAGGUGUACAAUCAGGAGGGAUCGCUACGACUAUCAAGCAUUUCGUUGGCAACGACAAGGAAAACGACCGAAUGGCGUACGAUUCUAUCAUCAGCAGUCGUGCGCUUCGUGAGAUAUACCUUAUGCCCUUUAUGCUGGCGCAAAAGUAUGCGCAGCCUUGGAGUUAUAUGACUGCAUACAACCGUGUCAACGGGACACACCUCUCUGAGAACCCUGACAUUCUCACAGGGAUCCUGCGUGAAGACUGGGGUUUUGAUGGGUUGAUAAUGUCAGACUGGUUCGGUGUAUACUCCGUUGACCAUUCUAUCAAUGCCGGACUUGAUUUGGAAAUGCCCGGAACGAACAAAUGGCGAAGCCUUGAUCUCGUCACUCGAAGUAUUGGUAGUCGAAAGAUUGCUAGGGGUACCGUGCUUGAGAGGGCUAGGAAAGUGCUGGAGCUUGUGCAGAGGUGUUGUAAGGAAGGGGGUGAGAUUUUGGACGGAGACGGUGUCGAACGAACACACGAAGGACCUGAAGAUACUGCUCUCCUUCGAAGUGUUGCAGCCGAAUCCAUUGUUCUGUUGAAGAACGACAAUGGUAUUCUUCCGUUCAAAUCUACAUCGUUCCAGAAGAAGAAGGUUGCGAUCGUUGGAGGAAACGCUAAACAGGUCGUUCUCUCAGGAGGAGGCUCUGCAGCACUCAAACCUUCGUACUUUGUAUCGCCUUAUGAUGGGAUUGUCAAUGCGUUAAAGGAACUUGGAGAAGACGUGGAAGUUACGUAUAGUGAGGGCGCUACGACAUACCAACAAACCCCAACGCUCGACUACGAAAUUUUGACUACCGAUGGGCGUCGUGGUUGGCUCGGAACUUGGCACUCACACAAGUCAGAUGGGUCUAUGGAAGUGGAUAAGCCUAUCAAGGAAGACCAAUACAUCGACGAAACGAGGUGUUUCUUCAGUGCUGAGUAUCCAAAGGGCUUAACCCGUCGGUGGACGCUCAAGUUGAAGGGAUACCUGAAGGCGAGUGCAGAGGACGAGAUGUGGGAGUUCGGGCUAACUAGUGCUGGGAGGGCGAAGCUUUACAUCGAUUCAGAAGUUGUCAUUGACAACUGGACGACUCAACGCCGAGGCGACGCCUUUUUCGGAAGUGGUAGCGAGGAAGAACGAGGAAGGUUCUUGAAGAAGAAGGGUGUGAAGCAUGAAGUGUCUGUAGAAUUCUGUAAUGUUCGCGCUCCGGCUCCAGAGAGUGGAGAUCUGGACGAACUCGUCAUGGACUCUAACCCGGCCGUCCGUCUUGGAGGCACCCCAGUGUCUUCCCCGGAAGAACUCAUAUCUUCUGCUGUUCACCUCGCGAAGGAGGCGGAUCUCGUCAUCGCUGUCGUUGGUAUUAACGCAGAUUGGGAAACAGAGGGUUACGAUCGUAGCACUCUCAAACUUCCCGGUCUAUCCGAUGAGCUGAUAGACAAGGUUGCUGAGGUCAAUAAGAAUGUUAUUGUCGUCACUCAGGCUGGCUCCCCAGUCCUUAUGCCUUGGGCCUAUAAAGUCCCUGCGAUCGUGCACGCGUGGUACUUGGGUAACGCAACUGGGGAUGCUAUUGCCGACGUCCUAUUUGGGAAAGUGAACCCUAGUGCGAAGCUAUCGUUGACAUUCCCGAAGAGGGAGGAGGAUGUCCCUAGUUUCGGGCACUUCGAAGCAAGUGAGGGAGGGAAGGUUUGGUAUGCGGAAGAUUUGUAUGUGGGAUACAAACACUAUCAUCAUAGAAAGAUCGAACCUUUGUUCGCAUAUGGGUUCGUUAACACUCUACUUUCACGGUCCCUCCCGAUACAAAUAUUCACACUACCAACAGAUAUGGUCUAUCAUACACCACCUUCUCUCUCGCGGAUCUUCAACUAUCGAAGCCUACCAUCAACAGAAACUCCAAGAACUUCUCUCUCACUGCCUCCCUCAGCGUGACCAACACCGGAUCCAUCACAGGUUCCGAAGUCGUGCAACUCUACGUCGCGUUACCGCAACCCGGUUCAAAAAACACCAACAACGCCGAGUUCCCUCAUCCGUUGUUACAGCUCCGCUCGUUUGCUAAAGUGAAGGAUCUUGAACCGGGUAAGACUAGGAAGGUUGAGGUGACGUUGGAUAAGAACGCUGUCUCGUACUGGGAUGAUAAUUUACCGAGAUUUAAAAAGGCGAAAGGGCGGUACGAUUAUGGGGGAGUCUGGGCUGUUGCGGAGGGGGAGUAUAAGGUUUGGGUUGGGACGAGUAGUCGUUUGGAGGAUUUAGCGCUUGAGGGAUCGUUUGUAGUCGAUAAAGGACAAGGGUUUGAGUGGAAUGGGCUGUGAAAGGGAUGGAGGGAGGGCGUUCUGAGACCGAGAAACUCGGUUGUAUGAUCAGCUUGUAAGUAAUGGCUUCUGCUAUGUAUUCAGAAUCUGUACAUUUUAUCGCAAUGCCCGGUCUUUCGCAAGAAACAGAGUCAUUAUUUUCGAAACUACAAGCACGAGCUGCGAAGGAAGAAUUGGUUUUCAAGGUGCGCGUCGUGCGAUCGGUA